AUGGCUCCUUCAGUAUCUGCGAAAGGCGCGCUCGUCCUCGGGGUGCUCUUCGCGUCCGCGCUCCUCACUCUCGCCGCCGCACCGAAAUGCGUGCUGUACUCGAAUUGGGACGUGACGGACAACAUGAAGACACAGGCGAAGAAGAGCGGCAAGUCCACCAAGUCGCUUCCCACUGGCAAACUCACCCUCAAGGAGUACAAGUACGUAUUCUGGCUACGCCAUUCCCGCCACAGCUUCCGCUAUCCUCCUCUUCCUCUUUCCUUCCCAGCUCGCUUCUCCGCCUCAAAUCCGUGCCGUCCCUCUAAAUUCCUUCCGCCUCUCUCCCGCGCUUUUCUCCCUCGCAGGGGCGACUCAGACGAGUCGUUCGACCUGACGGUGACUGCGGAGCUGAGCGGGUUACCAGAACCCCCUGUGGCGAUCGUGAUCGGAAAGGGCAAGUUCGGCAGCAAUACCGGCGUGUCGUGGCUCAUCAACAAGCCCUGGAGCGGCAGCGGCGGCUCGUACAAGCUGGACUUCAAGCUGACGGCUAUUGAGAAGAUCGCGCCACGUGGCGGCAGCGGCACGAUUCUGGAUGUGAUGCAGGCUGUGGAUACGCACAUCGUGUCGGAAUACUACACCGCGGUUCUCACCAAGUCCACCAGGAAAUCUGGCGGCCUCGUUGGUGGCGGAUUCGUUAAGGGCUUCCCCAACAUUCUUCCCCUGUUCAAAUGCUAA